AUGGAUCAUUUAAAACUAACUGCUGACAAAUUGAGUAUAGAUGAUAUUAGUGAAUUAGUUGUGAAUGAUAGUUGUGGUGCUGUUUCUAUAUUUGUUGGAACAACCAGAGAUAACUUUGAAGGAAAAAAGGUGCUACACCUUGAAUACGAAGCUUAUGAACCAAUGGCCUUAAAGGCAAUGAAAAGUAUUUGUGAUGAAGCUAGGAGCAAGUGGCCAGCUGUACAUGGGAUAGCAAUUUAUCACAGGCUUGGUGCUGUACCAUGCUGUGAAGCCUCUGUGGUGAUAGCAGUAAGCAGCCCACACAGGCGAGAUUCCUUAGAGGCUGUGAGCUAUUGCAUAGAUACACUUAAAGCUAGCGUCCCAAUUUGGAAAAAAGAGGUGUAUGCUGACAGCGAGCCUGUAUGGAAAGAGAACAUUGAAUGUAAACGGAUAGCUGAUAAAAAUUUAGUUCAAAUAAAUGUGUCAAACGAGGAAAUUCAAAAGCGGAUUCACCAUUUUAUUGAACGAAAGAGGGCGCAAGUGAAUUUGAGUAAUAUCCAGGAUUUUAUACCGCGACGUGAGAAUGAGACGGAAGAUAUGGAGACGUGUGCGAGAGUGAGAACGCAGUUUGUGAAACGCAACGAUUCUAAAGGGCAUUUGAAGGUUUGUCGUGUCGAAAAUGAAUGGGGACCACAAACGGUGCCCGAGCCCCAAAUGGUCCAAAAAGUAGACUCAACUUUGCCCCAUUCGAUCGCUGAGCGGGUCACAGCUAUCGAAUCGUAUUUGAACACGACACCCGUAUCGCCUGAUAUUUAUAAACGACUUAAGGAAAUGGAAGAUAAAAUCGCAUAUCUUCAAUCCAUUUCACCGGAAUACGCACAGUUUUGGAAAAACAAUAAGUCAACUAUAAAGCAAGAACAAAUGCCCGAGUACGUGGUUAGCGCAGAAGACAUUGAUAAAAAGAUUGAAUUAUUGGAACUACAACAGAAUCUUAUGUAG